UCGCGUGAACCGUCAAAUGAAUGCCUGACAGACGACAUCCUCGACCUUGAGGAUGAUGUCAAACAAAUUAUUGCUGGCUACUUUGACCGAAAGUUUUAUUACACUAAUCAAACAGAUGAAAAUCUUCCAAACCUUCAAUUGAAUUGUCAACCAGCUUGGGAUGUCAAUCAGCUGCAAGAAAUUAAACGAUUCUUAAAUGAAGCCAAGAAUAAUUUAAGCACAAUCGACAUAAAGGUAUGGCACUGUCACACUCAGGAAAUGCACAAAGGCGCAAAAAUUGUACCGUUUGUGAAGGGGAACGUGAAAUGCGAGUUGUGUACCCAGGCAUGGUGCAAGUUUCAUGAAAUUUUAUGUUCAUUCCCACAUCUUGUGAAGUUAGAAUGUGAAAAUUUUAAUUCAUUCCAUCUCUGUGAGGCUCCUGGGGCAUUUGUUGCCUCUCUCAAUCACUAUUUAGUCAGCAGAAAUUACAAAGGUAGGUGGAAAUGGAAAGCCAACACAUUGAACCCCAUGUAUGAAGAAAAUGAUUUGUAUUCCAUGAUUGAUGUUGAUGAUUUCAUUCAAGGAACUAUUGAAAAUUGGUGCUUUGGUCUGGAUGACACCGGCGAUAUAACAUCUGUUGAUAACAUUGAACAUUUCAAAAGAGUUUGCAUAGAGAACGAUAUGAAUGAUAUACAUCUUGUAACAUGUGACGGCAGCAUUGACUGUGCCAAUAAUCCGGGAGAUCAGGAAUCGAUUGUGUACAGACUGCACUUGUGUGAAAUAAUAUCAGGAAUAAGUUUGCUGUGUGUAGGUGGCUGCAUGGUUUUGAAGACUUUUACGCUGUUUGAAAGUACAAGUGUCUGUUUCAUGUACCUGCUCUCAGUACUUUUCAAACAGUUGAGCAUACACAAACCAGUUACUAGCAAGCCAGGCAAUUCAGAACUUUAUGUCAUCUGCAGUGAUUUCUUAGGAAUUUCUCUUGACUUUUUAGAGAAACUCAAACGUGAAAUAAAGACUGGUAGAUAUUUAGAAAACACUCAGUUGUUUUCAGUGAAUGCCGUUAACAGCUCGUUCCUCAAUGAACACAUCGACUGUUGCAGGAAGUUUGCAGAGUGGCAACAUUCAACCAUCACUAACAAUCUCAAGUCUUUU